UAAGGGGGAAGAGACUAUAACAGCAACGAUGCGUGAAACAGACUAUAGCAGGCUCAAUCGACGAUUACCCGGGCUUCGUGAUGGCUAUAUACUUGAAGAUCCAUCUGGUGCAGUCAUACUAUGGUGAGAUCACAACGUCAAGAAGACAUUAAUCUUUCUUAAAUCGCAUAUGGCUUCACAGAACACCUGUGAUACAAACGCAUUGUAACCAAAUUGCCUGAAGUCAUAACGUGACUAAUUUAUCAUGAGUACAACAGAGCAGUACAACAUUUCAGAAGAAAGGUCUCGAGGUGAAAGGUUUCUUUUAAGAGCCAAAUCCUCACUACCCAUACUCAAACGAUCCUGGAAGUCCUUGAACAAACACAUUACCAACGGAGAUAGAGCCUCCGUGGAGAAAUGGUUCUUCAAAAGACCUUAUGCAACCUCAAAGAUAAAUAAUAUUCCCCGAACUGUGGUCAGCCCAAUCUGUGUAGCAGCGGAGAGUGGUGACAAGGGCAUAUUUGACCUACUCCUUGAGAAAGGAUUCUCCCCCUUCGAAGAAGACCGAAGGAAGGACAAGAUUGAUACGACGCCUCAUCGUCAACCAUUUCAUCUGGCUGCUUAUAGAGGUCACCUUGACCUUGUCAGGGAGCUGCUGGAAGUUCACAAGGUGGAGGUCAACUCCUAUGGAAGCGGAAAUACUGGUCUUCAUUGGGCAAUUCUUGGUAGACAUGAAGAUGUAGUGAAGUAUCUGCUCUCCAAGCGGGCUGAUCCCAACAUUGCGGACCAGAUGGAGAAGGACAUAUUGUCAGUCAUGAAAGGAUCCCCGAAUUACCAUUACUGGUACGAGGAGUGCUACCCACUGGGCAAGGCCUUCAACAGGGGACUUAAGGACAUGGCUCGGACAUUGAUCGACGCAGGAGCUGAUAUCAAUAAAGUUCGGAUAUCUGGAGAAACGAUGAUAUCUAAUUUUGUGUCAGAUGUCGGUGUCCGUGAUAUCGUCCAGAUGGUGUUUGAGAAGGGUGCAUACGCUCCGGUGAGGGACCUGUAUGAAUAUGUGUGUCGAGCAACAUUUGAAAAACAGGAAGAUCUGAUUUUACCAGUAUGGCAGUUUCUACUGGAUAUGAACAUAUCGGUCCGCCAUUUGACCAAUGUCCCCCCGGAUUACACGGCUCCUUAUAAAUAUGAUCCCACAAAACCGAACAUUCUGGAGCUGAUGUCGAGCGAUGCCCUGUUUACUGAGAACGUUACACUAGCUGAAAUAGUGGUCAGGUCCAGUUCUGAUAGUGACAAGGAUUGGUCAUUUAAGGGGUUCAAAUGGUUGUAUAAGAUAUGUGAAGACUUUUCCAAGAAACCUUAUAGUGGGAUUUCUUCCUUGAAAUAUCUGUGCUGUCUACGUGUACGUACUUAUAUGGGCAUUGUGUCAGUCGGGAGAGUGGAUGUUCUUCCCGUAGAUGUGACUUUGAAACGUUUGAUUCGCAUGAGUCCGUCAGCGGUAUCAGUUAGAGCAUAAACGUUAUGCGUGUUCAGAUUGAUUUGCGGAUGUUACUGAGUAUAUGAGCAUAAAAAUUUCGUUUGGAAUCAAGGGCUUUUUGAAAUUUGGAAUUGAGAAAUAAAGGAUACCUGAUCAAGAAAUCCUUAUCAAGAAAAGUAUUCAAUAUGUUGUGAAAAAGGAUUAUAUCAACUUUUCCAAAAUGAUGACCCCAAAAAAUAAAGUCGUUCCUUAGAAAUCUCACCUUCUGGACGGGGCGGUCGGGUAGCCUAGUGGUUAAAGCGUUCGCUCGUCACGCCGAAGACCCGGGUUCGAUUCCCGACAUGGGUACAAUGUGUGAAGCCCAUUUCUGGUGUCCCCCGCCGUGAUAUUGCUG